GAAACAACAAGCGCAGCCGCCCGAGGCGACCCCUACCGCUCACUCGCGCAGUUCGCUUCGACGACGAGGAAGAAGAUGGCGGCGUUCAUGAGGCAUGGUUUACUUGCGAAUCACUUGAAAAGUACAUCCCCUAUUCUUGCCGUGAACACGACAAGCUUCCGAUUCGAUAUUACUCGCCUUAAAAGCAAGAAACCUUCCCAAAAGCCGAUCCGUAAACUCGAAGAUCAGAAGAAGUCUCUUGCUGUGAAAGGAUUUUUACACUACCAAAAAUCUUAUGACCCGCCGAAAGAUGUAUGUGAUCGGAUAGAUAAAAUUUGUGAGAAUCAUUCAAUUCCUGUGGACAAUCAAACAAAACUGCAUGAUCCUCUUCAACGUUUCCAUCUUUUCUCAGCUUGCGAGAUAGAACUUGAACAUUCCAUACCGAAUUCUACACUGUACGAAAUCGAGACGAUACAUGAUCUGAAACAGUUCUAUCAAUCGCCUGUGAACUCCCGAGUUCCUCUCGAAAUGAUGAAAAACAUGGAUUUACCGAAAAAUUUGCAGAUUAAUCAGGAAUAUGUGCGAUUCCAUCCCGAUACCGAUACAAUGUUUGGCGGAAAAACUGCAUUUCCCAAGAGCUCGACUCUUGUGACGGGUUUGAAAUAUAAGAAGAAAUAUCCUGGACAUCAACAAGAAGAUCCGUAUCUUGAAGAAAUGAUGAAAAUCUAACGACUGCACUGCGUAUUUGAAUCUGUUAAUUACAUUUUAUAGAAGCUAAAUAAAUAUUAUUAUUUCUGAC